UUUCGGGCGGAGCAGACGCGCUUGGCCGCCACGGAGACCUCCGAGCCGGCCAAAGGAAACGAGCUUUGAAGGUAGGUCACAACUAGACUGCGAGGACGUUGAACACCGAGUAGGCCGGCCUGGGGUCUUUGGGAGUUAGGGGAUAGCUGAAGGCGCUGGGUGUGGGCUUGCCACCCUCCCAGGGCAGUUUGGGCCGGACGCCUGGGUCCUCUGGCCCCUCCCCCUCGGGGGCGGAGUUUGUGUUCUGAACCAAUGGCCGGUUGCCUCUGAGGCCCCGCCCACGCCCCGCCCCCGGAGUCGCGGCGUCGCAGAGUGCCCAACCGCCCGGCGCCCUGGCCUGGGGCAGCGCGAGCGCCCGAACCUGCGGCUGGACACCAAGAUGCCCGGUGAACAGCAGACGGAGGAGGAGGAGGAGGAAGAGAUGCAAGAGGAGAUGGUGCUGCUGGUGAAGGGUGAGGAGGAAGAGGGUGAAGAGAAGUACGAAGUGGUGAAACUCAAGAUCCCUAUGGACAACAAGGAGGUCCCGAGCGAGGCGCCAGCGCCGUCGGCAGACCCGGCGCGCCCACACGCGUGCCGGGACUGCGGCCGCGCCUUUGCACGCCGCUCCACACUGGCCAAGCACGUCCGCAUACACACGGGCGAGCGGCCCUUUGCGUGCACCGAAUGCGGCCGGCGCUUCUCGCAGAAGUCGGCGCUGACCAAACACAGCCGCACCCACACGGGCGAACGGCCUUACGAGUGCCCGGAGUGCGACAAGCGCUUCUCCGCCGCCUCGAAUCUGCGGCAGCACCGGCGGCGCCACACGGGCGAGAAGCCGUACGCAUGCGCACAAUGCGGCCGCCGCUUCGCGCAGAGCUCCAACUACGCACAGCAUCUGCGCGUGCACACGGGCGAGAAGCCGUACGCGUGCCCGGACUGCGGACGCGCCUUCGGCGGCAGUUCAUGCCUGGCGCGCCACCGACGCACGCACACGGGCGAGCGGCCGUACGCCUGCGCCGACUGCGGCACGCGCUUCGCCCAGAGCUCGGCGCUGGCCAAGCACCGGCGCGUGCACACGGGCGAGAAGCCGCACCGCUGCCCCGUGUGCGGCCGCGGCUUCGGCCACCGCUCCAACCUGGCGGAGCAUGCGCGCACGCACACCGGCGAGCGGCCCUAUCCCUGCUCCGAGUGCGGCCGGCGCUUCCGCCUCAGCUCGCACUUCAUCCGCCACCGUCGCGCGCAUAUGCGGCGCCGUCUCUAUAUCUGCGCCGGCUGCGGCCGGGACUUCAAGCUACCAGCUGGAGCCACUGCCACCGAGCGCUGCCCAGAUUGUGAGGGCAGCUGAGCCGCCGUCUCUUUUCUCCGCGGGGUGCGAGCCUCUAGCUGGGGAGGGGCACUCUGGGAUUCCAACCUGGGGCUGCGUUAACCUGGACAACUCCCCGCCCCACCACCAGCGUCUUGAAUAGGAUGGGACUGGCAGGUCUGGCUGCCCUGGAACUGGGAGACAGGAUUCCCCUACCGGGAUCCCUGGAAACGUGCCCACUUCCCCCUCAUUACAUCCCCUCGGCCCAUGUUAGAGUGAAUAAAGUAUUAUAUCCUCA